CAUUACGCUAUCUCCCCUACCCAUGACCUGCUCUCUCUUCUGCAGUCCACCUAUGCUGUGUCGCUGCUGCGCGAGUGUAUGAAGUUGCGGCCCUCAGACCCCACCGUGCCCCUGAUGGCUGCCAAGGUCUGCCUCGGGUCCCUUCACUGGCUGGAGGAGGCGGAGCACUUUGCUAUGAUGGUGAUCGACCUUGGAGAGGAGGCUGGGGAAUUCCUGUCCAAGGGCUACCUGGCCCUGGGGCUCACCUACAGCCUGCAGGGCUCCGAUGCAACUCUGAAGUCCAAGCAGGAUGAACUACACCGGAAGGCUCUGCAAACUCUGGAAAGAGCCCUGCAGCUGGCACCUGGUGACCCCCAGAUCAUCCUCUAUGUCUCCCUGCAGCUGGCUCUUGUCCGCAAGAUCUCUAGUGCCAUGGAGCAGCUGCAGGAGGCUCUGAAAGUGUGCAAGGAUGAUGUCCACGCCCUCCACCUGCUGGCGCUCCUCUUCUCUGCCCAGAAACACUACCAGCAUGCCCUGGAUGUUGUCAACAUGGCCAUCACAGAGUAUCCUGAGAACUUCAACCUGAUGUUCACCAAGGUGAAGCUGGAGCAGGUUCUGAAAGGCCCAGAGGAAGCCCUCGUGACCUGCAGGCAAAUGCUGCAAAUGUGGCAGACCCUGCACAACUUCUCCCAACUGGGAGGCCUGGAAAAGGAUGGCAGCUAUGGUGAGGGCCCCACCAUGAAGAAGCAGAGUGGAAUGCACCUGACCCUGCCUGAUGCCCAUGACGCAGACUCUGGCUCUCGGCGGGCGUCAUCCAUCGCAGCCUCACGGCUGGAGGAGGCCAUGUCAGAGCUGACCAUGCCCAGCUCCAUACUGAAGCAGGGUCCCAUGAAGCUGUGGACCACGCUGGAACAGAUCUGGCUGCAAGCUGCUGAGCUAUUCAUGGAGCAGCGACACCUCAAGCAAGCGGGCUUCUGCAUCCAGGAGGCUGCGGGUCUCUUCCCCACCUCACACUCAGUGCUCUACAUGCGUGGCCGGCUGGCAGAGACAAAGGGCAACUUGGAGGAGGCUGAGCAGCUAUACAAGGAGGCGCUCACAGUGAACCCCGAUGGAGUGCGUAUCAUGCACAGCCUGGGUCUGGUACUGAACCGCCUCGGCCACAAAAGCCUGGCCCAGAAGGUGCUGCGGGAUGCAGUGGAGAGGCAGAGCACCUGCCAUGAGGCAUGGCAGGGCCUGGGGGAGGUGCUGCAGGCCCAGGGCCAGAGCGAGGCUGCCGUGGACUGCUUCCUCACCGCCCUGGAGCUGGAGGCCAGCAGCCCCGUGCUGCCCUUCUCCAUCAUCCCUAGGGAGCUCUGACACCGCCCAGCAGCUACAAGGACACAGGGACAUAGGGCAGGGCUCAGGAGGGUGGGGAGGGAAAUACAUCUCUCGGGAACUCUUCUGCAGGCUGCAGCCCGCCUCGGCUCAUCCUCUGCCUCCCCCACCCCCACCCCUGCUUUCCCCACAGGACCCGUGGGGACAGGGAACUGCCCAUCGGGAGGUGGGGACACCAGAUUUGCAUCCAAAGCAAAUCCUGUGCUCUCUGGGGCUCAGGCAUCACAGUAGUUAGGAUAAGGGAAAGCAGCUGGGAGGACAACUUCCCAGGGCCUCUUCCCAGGCUGGCUUUGUGUCUAGAUGUGUGGUAGUUGUCUGUCCGGUCCACCUGUACUGUCCCUGCCACCCUCUGGCCGCAUCUCAGAGCCUGCCUGCCCCCAGCCCCCCAGCUUUGCAUACUCUCCAGCCUCCACCAACAAAGGUAACUCCCACAGUGGUCCUCCCAGCUUCUUCUCAGUGCCCCUUGCAGGCAAUCUGCUCGAGCCCUAAGUGCCUUAAAGUCUUAGAGACUCACCUACUCCCCUAGAGCACACAGGGAGCCUCGCAACUGGACUUCACCCCUCUUGGACAUGUGUCUCGGGGAGUCUCAAACCCCAUUCUCAGGACAGGGUUUCAGGCCCUUCUCAUAUCUCACCUGCAGUGGCUGCUGCUUGAAGAACUGUUAGCAGGUGGGAGAGGGGUCAUGCCUGGCAUUGCCUGUUUGCCCAAUGAGGCCAGUUGAGCCCCACGCUGCUCCUUCCCCUCUCUUGCCAAGUGUCUUUAGGACCCAGAGUAUCUGGCCAAGAUCAACAGCACAGGCCUUAACUAAUCUUCCUUCUCUGCCUGCCCCCCACUUCCCUGAGAAUAUGCCCUAUUUUCCUCAGACCCUGGGCCAAUAGUCUCUAGAAUGGACCUGGGGACAGACAUGACUGCCAGACCCAGCCCUGUCUGAUACCUUCCAUCAGUGCAUCAUUCCUUCAAACCUUACCUCUGGGCAGAGGGAACAGUAAAGAUGCCUCUAGGGCCAUGUGCAGAGGGGACAGUCCUCAGUACAUCUCCUCACCCGUACCCCAUUUCCCGGGUGACCUGAGCCCUCCCCUAGCCAUUCAGUUCUCCCAGUUCAGGGCCAAGUGGAGACACUUGUCAGCGACCCAGGGUGUGAGGUGGUGGACCCUCCCCCUGUGUGACACCUUUGUCUGCAGCAGCCCUGGGAGCUGGUGGGUGGGUGUCUUCCUAGGCCCAUUACAUGGCACACAUGGGCCUAUCAGGGAAUUCCUUUUUUCUCUGCACUUUGGAUUUUUUGUUUUAAAGCUCCACCAGGUACAGCCAUCAUUUCUGAGGUGUGUAGAAAGGGCCAGUGAGGGCUUCUCUGAUCUGUCUUGGCCCGGUCUGUUCCCAGGAGGGGAAAGAGCUGGUGGAGGCACACUCAGCACAGCACAGCCCAGGACACCUUGUGCCUUCCCAUGGGGCCAAGGGGAACAGAGGACAGCAGAUCCUGCACCUUGAUAGAAGGCUCUUUCUAUAUAUGUGUAUGUGCGUGGAUAAAUAUAAAUAUAUAUAAUAGAGCUCUAUUUUUUUUUCAGAAUUCUAUUAGGGAAAAAAAUGUAAACAAGAAAAGAGUGCCUUGGGUUUGGGUAAUAGGAAAUGCACCAGAUGCAUUUCAGAGGGCCAGGCCAAGAUUGAAUAAAGAGACCCUUGAAGGGAAAA